AUAUAAACUUCUCCUUCCCCACAAGCCCUAAUCUUAUCGCUCCGACGCAAAGCGACGGUGCCGCCGGACCACCAAUCGCCGGGAAGAUGCAGAUCUUCGUAAAGACCCUCACGGGGAAGACGAUCACCCUCGAGGUGGAAUCUUCAGACACCAUCGACAAUGUCAAAGCAAAGAUCCAGGACAAAGAAGGGAUUCCGCCUGACCAGCAACGCCUUAUCUUUGCCGGAAAGCAGCUCGAGGAUGGUCGCACCCUUGCGGAUUAUAAUAUCCAGAAGGAGUCGACUCUCCACCUCGUCCUCCGCCUCCGCGGCGGAGCCAAGAAGCGCAAGAAGAAGACAUACACCAAGCCCAAGAAGAUUAAGCACAAGAAGAAGAAGGUCAAGCUCGCCGUGCUCCAGUUCUACAAGGUUGAUGACGCCACCGGUAAGGUCACCAGGCUCCGGAAGGAGUGCCCCAACGCCGAGUGCGGCGCCGGCACCUUCAUGGCCAAUCAUUUUGAUCGCCACUACUGCGGCAAGUGCGGCCUCACCUACGUUUACCAGAAGUCUCAAGGCGAGUGAGCGAUUCCUGCAUCUUGAUGAAGGUUUAUCUAUAGCAAGCUAAAAAAAACUCAUCUUUUUAAUUUAGUAGCAGUUCACUUUGUUUAGUUGUUCUGAAGAGUAAUAUUCGUGGUGAAACCUUGUUUGAGAUGCUAUUAAAUUUCUGCGAGUUGCAUGGUUGUUAAUUGGUAAUCUUACUGUUACAUUACUGCAUAUGUUUGCUUCUUGGUUGGAUGAUAAAGGAUGCGAUUGUGUCUGUUAUUGUUA